AUGAUAAGCGAGGGUGACCUCGUGGUGUUGCCCUCAGAACGCAGCGAUGAUGAGCCUCGCUCAUAUGGGUCGCACCCCAACUCGCAGCCUGUAACGUCGGCACGGCGUCCAGCACCGUUGCCCCCGUUGGACGCGGCGUACAGGGCCCCUCCCUCUACCCUCGUCACUGCGCCGGGAACUCAGGCGAGCGUGUUGAACCUUGUGACCGCUCUGCCACUUCUCUUGUCGUUGGACCGAUCCCACUAUACUGCGACGCUGAACAAUUCACAGGAGAGCGUGCUGGAUACCUUCACCGGGUCGGCUGCCCGAGGUGACGGUCGCUUUGGUCCGCUGAGCUGGACGACGAUUACCACCGAUGCCGCCACCGCAGCGGUGCGUGCGGUACUGUACGCUCGCGGGACGCCAUCUUGGCAAGCGAAGCGGCGUCGACUGCGACGGCUCGCGCUCGACUCAUUCUUUCGCUCAACCGUGUCGGCUCGCAUCUCCGUGCGCCGCGAGCGCGGUCUUGAAGGCGGGGAUGGCGUGCGCGAGGCAGUAGCGCGGCUGCUGCUCCACACACGCGCCGUUAUGUCGGACAUCUCCCCGACACAAGCGCAUUUGGUCGAUCUUUUCGCGGCCGAGAUUAUGUGCGGUGUGCACGGUGCUGGUGUUGCCGUUGAAGAGUCACCGCGCGCAGCCACGGGCAAGGCGAUUGAUGAGCCAGCUGACGCAAAAGGCGAGGAGUCGCUGGGCACUGCACGCGCCUCCACGGCGAUGAUGAGAGAACAGCCAAAGCCGGCGUUUGAGCAACGCGGCAUCAUGAAAAGCGGUGUCUUCACCGCAACCGCGAUCACCGCAUCACCGUGCCACCCCCAAGACGAGAUUAUCAGCACAGCUGCCUCUUCUACCGUUGCGGAGCAACUGCUCUAUAUUAUUCUCCGCACUAGCAUUGCGGCGAAUACGCCACGGAGGCCCCUUGUCAUGCACGGUGACGAAACGCCUGCGCUCUUGGCAGGUGGGCUGCAUACACCCCCGCCACAAGGCACUGAUGGUGCCACCGCGCUGACCGCGACCCCUUCCCCUAUUGCAUCGUCGUCCGCGGUGGCCAGCUUGACGCGCAAGAAGCCACGGCUGGACGACUUCGAUUGCGUCAGCCCCGCGACUUUGUCGUCGGAAAACAGGCAAUCGAUUUAUCGAUACCCUAACAAUGCUGGUGGUGCAAGCCCAGCUUCUGCGCUGCCCUACCAGCCGUACUGCUGGCUAGCGCCAUCGAUGGUGGCGUUGGUGGAGCGCUCACGGGCGCUGCGGCGACACCAGCGCUGGACGUGCGACCUCGAUCCGGUGAUCGAGGCCACCGUGGCUGGAGAGGGCUCAAGCACCCACAGCAGCCACCUGUUCAGGGGCGCUGGCACCCGCUCCGCCGCUGUCGUGUCGCUGCUUGACAAUAUGCGUAGCUCGUGGGCUCCGCUCCCUGGCAUGACAGACAGCGACGACGCUGCGGCUUUGACGGCUCUUGUGCGGGACAGUGGGCUUCCGUUUGCCACAGCAUCACCCUCCGUCGCGCUGGACGUGGCACGUGAAGCUAGACCCGCAGGUCACUCCUGUGGUUUUCAGUGGGGGCAGACAAUGAUGGGAGGGGAAGAUCCCGCCGUCGAGACCCUCUUUGCGCACGAUCGAGCUCGCUGCGUCGAUUCCCGCCCUGACGAGACAGAUGGUAUCCCCGGGAGUGAAGGAGCAACGCAGACAAGACAGCGUGAUGCUGAUGCUGCGGCAGCUGCCCUGCCUGCAUGCCGCAUCCCUUUCGUAUCCUGCCUGCCGUUGUACGACGAGGUUGUGUACGCGCAGGUGCACCUGGCCCUGCACUGGUGCACCGCUGGCCUUGCUGAUCCGUUUUGUCUCACCCACAUUGACAACACGGCUGGCCCAAACUUGUCGGCGCUGCGCGUUCGCGAUGAGUUUUACGCCCGCCCGUUGGCGCCCAAUGGUGGCGCUGGGACAACCGCCGCUGCGACGGCCAUCAGUGGUUUGGCUUCUCUGCUGGAGUGGGGCUGCUACUACGGCACGCUGCUGCGCCGCCUUCAUCGCCUGUGCGAUGUGGCUGAUGACGUCACGCUGCGUGGCAGUCUUGGCAGCUACGGCCGCUGCGCCAUGAGCACCUUGCGCCUCCUGCUAUCUUUACUGCAGCGACAGAUUGGGGAGCUAGGGUACCAGGCAGGCGGGCCGCACCGGCUGAGCUUUGCGGAGCUGCUCACGGCACACCAACGGCUGCAGCGAGCAGUGGAGCAGGUGGAGGUCCUUGCAGCGUUUUUCGGCGUCCCGGCAGCGGCCACGGCGCCAGAGGCGUGGGACCCCGUCGACAUCCUCGAAAAGCGCUGCUCAUCGGCGUUGCUUAUCUCGCGCCUGUACGAGUGCUUCACUGCGCGCCAUGCCGACGCGCUUGGUCAGUACGGAAGCGCUGCCACCCACUACGUCGAACUGCAGCAGGAGCGGCUCGCCGAACUGCUCGCCUCGUUGGGCGGUGAAGAGAGUGAGGAGGUGCCACUGCAGGCGAAUAUGCGGAACAGCGGCGACGACCCGCAGCGGCAGAAAAUGCGAGCUGCCUUGGCCGCCGUUGAGUCUGGGACGGCCUCUCCCUCGUUGAAAUUUUCGCCUCUAGACACCGGCGACAACUACGGUGCGUGGGAGCAGCAUCGCAAGGACCUGCUAAGCUGCUCCAUCGACGCCAUCGGGCUUCUGCUCCGCUCAACCCUGCGUCCUCUGAAUGCGAUGCUGCACCGCUGGCUCACGGCAGGCGAGCUGUCCGAUCCGUAUGACGAGUUUUUUGUGGUGCCGUCUCACGGCCAGACGCACAGCGGCUUCACCUUGGAACCUUCACCACAGCGGCUACCGGUAUUUCUCUCUGUUGCAGCUGCCACAGACCUUCUCCACGCCGGGGUAAGCCUGCGGGUGCUUCGAGUGGCUGCGACGCACGUCGUGUGCAGCGCUCAAAAAGACGCACGCCGACUGGAAGGCAUGGCGGAGGUGAAUGACGCCGCGGUGGAGGACUACAUUGGGGAGCUGCACGAUACGCAGACGCUGCGACGCGCGAUUGAACAGUUUAUCGAGCAACUCGUGCACGGUGCGCCGACGGCGGAUGCUGCGCACGAUAUGGGACGCUGGGGGACUGGCGUCAAUGACGAAGGUGAAGUCACCGACGCGGCCCCGAUGCCGCUGCCUCCGCGUGUCGACUUGUUGUCGUCGUACGGUGCCAUCAACUGGUGGAAGGAGCACUACCAGGCCUGCACACGUGUCUUGCUUGAGGUGGUGGAGUCCGCGAAUCCUGGGGAGGGUGGCGGCGAGGACGGCUCCGCGGAAGCUGCUCCAGACCCGUCAUUGUGGUUGCAUGCGGACGAGGAGGAGGAGGUGCGUCGUGCUGAAGAGGCGUCAGCGACCGAGAAUGAACAUGUAAGUGGGGCUGCUUCUUCUGAAACCCACACUCGCGAUGCCGAGCGGCCCCUCUCCUGCGCCGCCGCUGCGCCAGCCGCACGAGACGAUCACCAUCGUGAUCGCUCUCCUCACGUCACGGCUGCUUUCCCGUCAAAGGAGUCGACGAGUGAGGCACCGUCGUACAUUACCGUUUUUAUAAAUUCGGACGACGAUGAGGACCGCGGCGCCCACUCAGGAAUGGGGAGGGCGGCAGGCGGGCGGCAAGGGGUGGACAGCGUUUCCAUCGCCUCCUCGUCUCCUCGGUCCUCUACCACUGCGACGACGAGCGUGCUUGGCCUACGCCGCAUCGCCGGUUCCCGCUUCUCCACCGGGACAACGGUGUCCUCGACAGCCUCGUCGCGUGGCACCAUGGCCCUCUACGGCGCCAUCACGGAGGAGCUACGCCAAGUCUCGCUGCUCGAGCAGCAGACAGAGGUGGACCUCGGGCAAUCUCGCCACGCGCUCCGCGCCGAGUUCGACGCGCAACUGUGGCGCCGCCGACGAGAAAGUCGACUGGGCGACUGGAAAGCCCAGCGACUGGCGCUACGGCUUCGACGAGUGCGCGCCAUGGAGGGCAUCGUUGACGAACUGCGCGAUGUGUACAUGGUACGCGCUGUCGGGCACGCGGAGGUCGAAGGGCCAGCGUCGCACUCCAUCGAGGAAGCGGCACCCUCGCAUCAAAGCGGGAGCGAGAAAGAGGAAACCGAGCAACACGGGGUGGGCCGAGAGCCUUCCAUGGCCGGCCCUGCCAUGGCGGAAAUGCGUGUCGUGGUGCCGCUCCGCCAGCUGCCGCCGCCACGCGUCGCGCCGCCGGUGAUCCUGUACACCGUUCCAGACGACGAGGAUGGCGUCGACGGCGUGACUGGGGGGAGGCGUGGAAGUCGUGUUUUCUUUGGUCGCUCGCGCCGCACGAGUUUCGCGGCGAAUACGACCAUCAUGGAGCUGCCCGCGACAGCUGCGCGUGAUAUUCCUCAGUCCUGUGGGCGGCAGCAGCACUCUCUCAGCGUAAGCAUACCGCGCACCAACAACUGGCCGAGGACGUCAGGGUCACCGUCGCUGUCGGCGCGCACGGCACGGCGAGUUUCCGCUGCAGGAGCCGGGGCUGGAGGUGUCACGUUCAUCGAUCCGCUGCCAACUGAAGUUGGUGUGCAACACAGCGAAGGCGUUGGUGUGGGGCCUGGCAUCAUUCGUCAGCUGCGCGAUGUUACCCCAGCCGCCCUGUCAACGUUUGGCGUCAUGGGGAAGCCGGGGCCUGUGGAGUCGGCACAGAGCGCCGUGGCGAUGUUUACUGGGCCCUCCGCACGCACCCCUCCGCCCAUGCCGCCGUCGAAGUCGUUGCAUCAGUGCUGUGAACACGUCGAGGUGGCGAUGCUGAGUGAACACGCAGACAUGGCUGCCGCUGUCGCGGUGGAUGAGGCGCACACGGCAGCGGUGCGGCGCGACGAGUUCGGGUACGCCCACCCGGAUGCACUGUUCAGAGUGGCGGACAUUAACGACGAUCAGUUCUUGCUAAUGCGCACUGGCCCCAAAAGCUACGCGCGUCGUGAGGCGGAGGCGGCGGCGCUGGCAGAGCUUGCCGAGCGGCAAGCGCAGCUGGCCGCUUGCACAGUCGAUGAUCCGGGGUAUCUUCGCCAGUUGGCGGCGGCAGCGGCGGCCGUGGCCAACCCCUGCUGUGACAGUCCCAAGGACAGCACCGCGUUGCCAAAUUCGGGUCUCUCCGCUCAGCAGUGCUCUCAUCUUUCGAUGAACACCAAACGCGAUGGCGCGGCACCGGACGAUCGCGCCGAGGAGGAUAUGGACGCGGGCGACAGCACAGCUCAUGUGGGGGGAAACACAUAUCUGCCUCCUGAGCUAGAUUCUGCAUGGCAACAUGAUGAUCCACAGCGAGGCCUGCGCGAAGCGCGGGCGACGAUAGCGAGGAUGGCAGUUAUGGGGAAGAGUUUCACAGAGGAGCUGUGGUCGUGGACGGCGACGGAGGCGCAUCGCUGGUAUUUUGACGACCUCGUCCCACUGCACCGCGUUCUAACCGGCGCCGAGGUGGACCGCGCACUUAUCGUCGACAUCGCCCUCACCUGCGACGAGGCCGAAGCGUUGCAACGCUGCAGCGGGUACUACCGUGCUCUCGGGCAGUACACGGCUAGCUACCUCACGCACAAGGCGCUGCAGCUGACCCUGCUUCCCCCGUACGGCUCUCUCUACUGCCUCACAACGCAGUUUCUGGAUGUUUGCUUGCUGCAGAGGGCGCCGAUUGCCGUGCGUCUCAUGGACCUCUGGAUGACGCUUGUGGACGCUGCUCUGGAAAUGAUGGCAGAAGCUGAAGAGGCUACGAUGGUGCAGAGAAUCAUAAGCGGGGAUACGAGACUGUCCGCGUUGGCGGCGCUCACAGACACCCGGCAGGGACUGAACGUGACCGAGGCGUUCUCCUCCCUCAACUCGGCGUUCCAGCAUGAGUGGGCGACGUGUGUCACGAAUGGCGAAUCGACGGUGAAGCUGGAGUGGAGGCUCAUCUCGAGCGGUGAGGAGGGGCAUGAGCGGCUCAGCUCGGCGGCAGAGACUCUGGGCAGUGAUGCCGGCUUCACAGAGGGCGACGAUACGACUGAGGAGGGUAUCUGGAACGUCUCCAGUGCUUCCCGUCUGCCACACGAACCCACGCCGUUAUCGCAAGGCAGUGCAGAGAAAGCGUCGAAGAAGUCGUUUCCCAUUCACUCCUUUCUUGCUUCCCUCAGCCUGACGGCGGCGAGCCCGUGGUGCAGCGGAGCUUGGUUGCUGCCGGAUCACACGCUGCGUUGCACUGGCGCCAUCUUCCGCACGCUCCUGUUUUGGAAGAGCGCGGAGCGGAUCGUACUGCACACGUGGCGCGCCGGGAUGGAGAGUGGACUCUCCAGCGUCUUCUUCUUCUGCACCACGGUGCGCCAGGUGCUGGUGUCGAGUCUUCAGGAGACAUUGUGGGCGCGACUGGCAGAGCUGACGGCGGUGUACCGGGAGAGUCUGCAGUUUGAGGCUGGGGUCCUCUACACGUACCGUGCCCUUGAGAGCUUUACGAUCGACCAUGCCGCAUUCCUGCGCGAGUGCGAGUUCUACACGCUGUGCGGUCCGCAGUUCCAGUGCCGCGUCCGCCCUGUAUUGCAGGCAAUGGUGGACGCCGUCGAGGAGGCGGAGAGCGCGCUUCGGUUUGCGCAGAUGUCAAUACGGGUCGCACGGCGUCAGUACAUGGCCACCUUCCGCUCCAUGGUGAGCAGUGGAAGCAGCAGUGACAGCGGCAGUGACAGCGACAGAGGCACGGAUUCCGACUGCUGCCGGCAAGCAAGGGGUCGACCAACGGUCGCGUCAGCACCUCGGCAUGUCUUUACCCCCUCGCGGUGGUCUCGGCAAGCGCGGGAGCGGCAAAGCGUUGGGAAAGCGCAGGCCGCCAGCAGUGUUGCUUGGGCCUCUCACCCUUGGUACCUUCAGCCCCUGGAAGACGCCCUGGGACGUCACUCCGAGAAGCUCUCGCCACCUGAAGCUACUAGCGGUCGACUUACUGACGCGGAUGCACCCGAGACAGGGUCUGAGGUCGACGUUGACAGCGCUGGCACACCGCGCAGACUCUCCGAAAAGGGGAGAAAAGGGCAAGCAGCGAAGGCAGAGCGGUCGCCGUCCUCGGCUGUCAGCAGCGCCACGACAGCGCACUUCACAACUCCGGUGCCAGACAAGUCGCUGCUUGCGGUGCUAGGCACCACCGGCGGUGGGGAGGCGACACAUCGCGAAGGCGAUUCAGGUUCCACUGCAACAUCGCGCACGAAGCGCCGCCGCGGAGGUAGUCAGCCAGUCGGUGCUCGCCAAUCUACCAUUGCCACGGCAGUGCCAACGGCCACGACACUGCGGGCUUCCGCGGCUGCACGGCGUUCGCAAACCCCGAAGUACAGCCGCAGUGCUGGCGUGGUAGUGCGGCGGUCUUCUGCUCCCACUGAGGCGCCAUCCUCGACGGCAACAGGUGCUGCAAAAACGGCUACGGCAGCAUUGAAGCGACCUCGCCGCGGUCGCUACCAGCAGAGGCGGAUGCCCUCAGCGGAACGCAAAGAGCGACGCUGCAAACUACGCGCGAUUGCGGAGCGCAAAAUCAAGGAGGAGGUGGACCACCAGCACCGACUGGUGCGCGACAUGAUUUCUCGCCAACUGCGUCGCUUCGCAUGGCUCACUCAGUCCCUGCGGAAUGCGUUAGCGGAGGUGAUGGUGGAGGAGGACGUGAAGGGCAUGGAGGACGAGAGUAUUGCUGCUGCCGCCGCCACAAGCGACGGCGCGUCGUUGAAGUCGUUCAAGGACUUGCACAAGACACAGCAGCAGCACAUGAACCGAAACGCCUACAUCUCAACGAUUCUUCGAAAGCUCGAUGCACUGAUCGAAGUGAUGGCUACCCAAGUGUGA